UCAAGACUUAAAACGGCAAUAACACAGUUUUAUAAUGGGCCGACACUCCAAUUCAGUCGCAUCCGUGGGAUAACCUUCUUCAGGCGUAUAUCCGACGGUUGAUGUUGUUCCAAGGGCUUCGUAAAAGAGUCACCCGUGGGCUUAAGGUAAAGAGGCUAGAGAGCGGAGUCUCGGACUCGGUACUCCCUCUCCCUCUCUCUCGAACACUCUCGAAGCUCGUCACCGAAGUAUUCUUCUUCAGCGAAUUCUUCCUUCUGGUGUUUCGAAUUCGUCACCAUAUCUUGAUACGGAGCUCGGUUUGGCGGAGGAUUUCGGAAAUCGGAUUUCAUGAAGAGCCAACGCCAGCGAUUUUGCAAUUAAAAAUAUUAUGAGGUUAACGGGAACAUGCAGAGUAAUUGAUCAAACUGUAAGGUGGCAUUCGUUGCUGUGGGGUACAGUGGAUAGUGACGGAUACCAUGGUGGGGAAGAACGAUAGGUACCCUGGCGGGUAUUAUGGUAAUACCAUUAAUACUGCAGGCGAAUCAGAGGGUUCUGGUAUCUCAGGGCGAAUUGACAUAGAAAUAACUGCAUCUGAGGAUUCAAAUGUCCCAAAAAGGAAAUGCAUUAGUUUAAACUCUAAAAAUUGCGAUGCAUUUGGCGUCCCUAUGCAAGUUCUUCCCUUGUCAAACAUGUUGCGAUCUGAAAGAAAGGAGUUAAUACAUAGGUUGAAAUUGGAACUUCAAGAGAUUCGGGUACUGCAGACGAAAGUUGAAUUGCAAAGAACUAAUGCUGUAACUCUGUCAUCUUCUAGUGAUAUUCUCAGCUGCAGUAAUGCACAAACUGUGGCACGAGUAGAAAAUGUCAGAAAAUCGUCAGCAUUCACUUCUGUACCAAGUAAGAAAUUGAAUAAUCCAUGUCAUGGACUGGGAAAGAAAUUGAAUCCUACAGGUCCUAAGCAAAAGGGAUGGAAUCGCAGUAUGUCUGGCAGGUUUGAGUCCACACCAAGCACUGCAAAUGUAAUUUUGAUGAAACAGUGUGAGGCUCUGUUGAAGCGAUUAAUGUCUCAUCAGUAUGCUUGGGUUUUCAACACACCUGUUGAUGUAGAGAAGUUGAAUAUUCCGGAUUAUCACACUGUUAUUAAGCAUCCUAUGGAUUUGGGGACGAUAAAGACCAAGUUAGCUUCAGGAGCUUACUCCAGCCUUUGGGAUUUUCAUGCUGAUGUAAAGCUUACUUUCAACAAUGCGAUGACCUAUAAUCCACCUGGAAAUAAUGUCUACUUAAUGGCAGAUACUCUUGCUAAAUAUUUUGAUUUGAGAUGGAAAGCUAUUGAGAAGAAACUACCCAAGACUGAUGCCCAACUGUUACCGGCAAAAUCUGGCCCUCGUGAAGAUGUGGUAAUUGCGAAAAAAGUGACGCCUCCCUCAAAAAAGAGGAAAAUCACGUCCCUGCCCCAUGAAGUCAUGCCAAAGCCUGUGAAGCGUAUAAUGACGGAUGAGGAGAAGCACAGUUUAGGCAGAGAAUUGGAGUCUUUGCUUGGAGAAAUUCCUGUUCGUAUCAUUGAUUUCCUGAGGGAGCAUAGUUCUAAUGGAAGGAAAUGUGGAGAGGACGAAAUUGAGAUUGAUAUUGAUGAUCUCAGUGAUGAUACCUUGUUCAGUUUGCGGAAGCUUUUGGAUGACUAUCUGCAGGAGAAACAAAAGAAACAUGCAAGAACUGAACCUUGUGAGAUAGAGCUCUUUAAUGAAUCAGGGCCGAGCAAUUCUUUCAUGCAGCCAUGCAAAGGGAAUGACCCGGGUGAUGGGGAUAUUGACUUUGGUGGAAAUGAGCCUCCUAUCACAAGCUACCCACCUGUGGAGAUUGAAAAGAAUGCAGCACAUAGAACCAGCAAAUGUAUCAGCUCAGGCAGAUCCAGUGAUUUGGAGUCCGGCAGUCCUUCUGAAAGUGAAUCUGAUGGUGAUAAAGCUUCGAUUCCAGCCGAUGUACCAAAGGUACCAGAAGCCGUAAAUUCUGGAGCUCAAUUAGACGAAAAAACUAAUGCUGUUGAUCCUCUUGAAGGAAAUCAAUCUGUCAGUGGAUUGGAUCAAGUUGAGCAGACAGUCCUGCAAAAGCCAAGUUCUGUUGAUCAAGAUUGCCGUCAAGAUGGGGACAGUGCUCCAACUGAGAGGCAGGUCUCCCCUGAGAAGCUCUACCGGGCUGCUCUUUUGAAGAACAGAUUUGCUGAUACGAUCUUAAAAGCUCGAGAAAAGACACUGACACAGGGUGAGAAGUGGGAUCCUGAGAAAUUGCGACGUGAAAGGGAGGAGCUGGAAUUGGAGCGGUGGAAAGAAAAGGCACGGUUACAAAGGGAAGCCAAGGCAGCUGAAGAAGCUCGAAGGCGAGCAGAAGCAGAAGAUGCUGCAGAGUCCAGACGGAAGAGGGAGCUUGAGAGGGAAGCAGCACGACAGGCAUUGCUGCAGAUGGAAAAGACUGUUGAAAUCAACGAUAAUUCGCUGUUUCUUGAAGACUUGGAAAUGCUUCGGAGUGGCCCUGCUGAGCAAUUACCGAGCUCUGUAGACGAGACAAGCCCAGAUCACUCUCAGGAUGGCUUGGGUAGUUUCAAGUUUGGGGGUUCAAACCCCUUGGAACAACUUGGCUUGUUCAUGAAAGUGGAUGAAGAGGAGGAAGUUGAGCCACCAAGUAAUCCGGUAAAUGAUGUUGAGGAGGGAGAAAUUGACUAAGUGAUAUUAUAACCUUUCGUCUUCGUUAAUGAAUUGGGAGAAGAAUAGAAAUCAAGUUCGUUUGUGGUA